AUGCGCAUAGCAACAGGAAUGGGAUUGACAAAUAAUGGUAAUGUUGAAUUUUGGAAUGAUUUUAUUGAAUAAUUUAGAAUAUAAUUAAAAACUAUAAAUGAAGAUCUAUUCACUUAAUCUCUACAAGUUAUAACCCAAUAAAAUGUUACUUCAUUAGAAUUAUACGAAGCAGAAAUAGAAUACUAUAUUAUUAAUUCCACAUUAGAAUUGAAAACAUAAUGUCUAUCUAUGUAACUAUGGCGAGAAAAUAAUUAGGAUCAUAAUAAUUAUACUCCAAAUUAGAACAAGAUAUCUAUGAAAUGUAAUUGUCUGGAGAUGAUCUAAUUUUAUACUUGA